AUGGACCCGGGCAAUCAUUGUCUCUUCAAUCGGAGUCACUUUUGGUCACGCAUUCCCCAGCAAAACCAGUUCUUGCUCGCUUGGUAUGUGGCCCUCUUUCCUUGCAAUAGUUGCAAUGAAAAAAUUAAUCCGUCUGAAACCUCUCUGCAUUUGCUUGAAACAGUCGAAUACAGGUUUGCAUAUCUCGAUGCUGAUGCAGGGGGACAAAGUCACUUGACUGGUAAGAAUGUCGUUUGCAGAGGGUUCUUGUCUUGGUGGGACAUUUUCCAGUCGUAA